UUAUGCAAAAAAAGAAACCUUCAUCAUUUUUGAAAAAGCCAAACUUUAGUAGGCUAAGCUACGAGAGAAAAUUGAAGAUGGAAAUGAAAAGAAGAAUAACCACGGCAGGUGGUUGAGGGCUGCCUAGAGAACUGGUAAUGACCCCUCUCUGAACAGCAAGCGCGCUAAUCACACCGGGCAUAAAAACCCGGGCGGCAGAGCUCUGUCGCAGCAGUAGGAGACGCAGCUGCGCCUGCGAGUCCGCGUCCAACCUUCCGGCCGUGAAGAUGCUGCAUUCCAACCAUGACUCAUGAGCAUCGAUAUGAAUAACCUCAUAAUGACUCAUUUUGAUCAGUACAGGCUGCAUUCUUCAACUGAGACAAUGCAAAACAGAAUAAGUGUUUCUCAAUGCCUGCUCAUCCGUGCGAGGAGGAUGACAAGAGGAGAAUAACAACCUGUUGACUUGGAAACUAUUAUUCUUUCCUCUCCACGAUGCAAGUGAACAGCAGCGCCCUGCUCCUGCAGGACCUCGGUCUGUGUGGCGGGGACGAUGAAUACGACAGCCCGCGGAAGGUCAACGGCUCGUGGGUCGCUGAGCAAAACUUUUCCCUCAACUGCUGGCUGCAAUUUCUCUCCAAAGAGACUUCGUUGGACUUGCACGGGGACAGUGCAAAUUUGGUGGUGCGGGUUCUGAUCGCGCUCGUGUACCUCGUGGUGUGCGUCCUCGGGCUUGUUGGCAACCUGCUGGCCAUGUUUCUGCUGCGCUCGCGUCGGAGCCACCACUCGUCCAUCGACUGCCUCGUGAUCAGUCUGGCGCUCACGGACCUCCAGUUCGUGCUCACCUUGCCCUUCUGGGCCGUGGACACGGUGCUGGACUUCCGCUGGCCGUUCGGCUGGAUCAUGUGUAAGGUCGUGAGCUCCGUCACCACCCUCAACAUGUACGCCAGCGUGUUCUUCCUCACGGCCAUGAGCGUGACCCGCUACCACUACCUCGUAAACUCCCUGAAGAUGGGCAGCCCCGGCAGAGCGGCCUCUCGCGCCCGGUGGGCCAGCCUGGCCAUCUGGGUGGUGUCGCUCGUGGCCACUCUCCCGCACGCGCUCUACUCCACCACUGUCCAGGUGUCGGCGGACGACGAGCUGUGCUUGGUGCGUUUCUCCAACUCGGACCCGGGCCACUGGGACCCCCAGGUGCUGCUGGGACUCUACCAGACCCAGAAGGUGCUACUGGGCUUCGUCGUCCCCCUGGUGGUCAUCAGCGUGUGCUACCUGCUCCUCCUGCGCUUCGUCCUGAGCCGCCGCGCCGUGGUGGGCGGCGAGGGGCCGGUGGGGGCCGCCAAGCGUACCGACCAGGAGAGGGGCCGCCGCCUGCGCCAGUCCAAGGUCACGCGCUCCGUCACCAUCGUGGUGCUGUCCUUCUUCCUCUGCUGGCUGCCCAACCAGGCGCUGACUCUGUGGGGGGUGCUCAUCAAAUUUGACCUGGUGCCCUUCAGCAAGGCCUUCUACAACGCCCAGGCGUACGCCUUCCCGCUGACCGUGUGCCUGGCCCACACCAACAGCUGCCUGAACCCCGUGCUGUACUGCCUCAGCCGCCAGGAGUACCGCACGGGCCUGAGGGAGCUCCUGGUGCGCACCUCCCGCUCCCUGCGCUCCGUCUGCCACCGGGCCCUCAGGGGCCGCAGGGUGGGGGAGGCCGGCAGGGGGCUCCCGCCUCGCUGGUCCUAGCGCUCGGAGACAUCCACCACAGGAAUGGGGCGUGAUGCGACAAGCAACGGGACACGCAGAUGACAGCUCCGUUACGGUUGUCUGUGGUCAUUGUUAAACAGAGCAGCUGUUUUUAAGACCCGAUUUAAAAAGAAGAAGGGUCUUGAUUGUCCUCCGUGUCCGUGUACCAAUCCCCCUGUGGGCGUGAGUGGGUCUGAUUGGGCUCGGGGGGGCUGCUCCCCUCUGGUACAUUGAUUGAGUAAUCAGGGGGCACGGGUUAAACCAGCCAUCUCCACCGCACUCAGGGAGAGGUUUCCUGCUUCGUUAUCUACAACUAACAAUAAACCGGAUUUAACACCACCACCCCCCUGUGUCACGAGGGCCGUUGUGUAGCAAAUGUCCAUGCCACACACUAGGGGACUUAUUCUGGGCUCCUCCAGUAUAAGGGUGGUGGUGUAAAGUCGGGUUUAUUGUUACAGUUGUAGAUAACGAACAUGCCAAGGGUGCCCUGCUGCCACGCAGAAGUAUGUGUGGAGUUGGCUGGUUUAACCUGUGCACACUGGUGGCUUCAUGUGCAACAGGUGUGCAGCCUCACCCAGAGUCCAUCCGACUCCACCAGGUGUUGGCUGAUUAAACCAGCCAACACCCACACACACCCCCAUUUGGAAAGAAAAGACACUGCAACUUCCUCCAUCCUCCAUCCUAUUGUGCUACAGUGUAUCGUGCUCUACGUGUUUCUGUGUUUCCGUGUAGCUCGGCCUUCAGAGCAUGGCCUGAGUGAGCACCACUGGGCUUAGGGGUUCAAAUACCGCCCGGGCAUACAGAUGUGUAUGCACUGAUAGUAAGAUGUGACAGAUGCUUUGGAAAAUAGUGUGAAAUAGGCUUCAGUGGUAUGAUUUCUGUUAAAUAAGGACGAUUGGAGAAAAAACAUUUGUUGAUAAUGGAGUUAGGGCGAGAAAACUUUAUUUCUCUUAAUAUCUGCUUUGAAUUGCAUUGAUAUUGUUACUGUCCUGUGUACCUCAAUUUUAAAUGUUUAUCAAGAGACCCUUUAUUUUCAUAUGACAGGGCUGUCAAUUUUCUCUUAAAACCUGAUCCAUUCAUUCGCCACCAUUCAAAUACCGUUAAACAAGGAAGAGUGCCUAUUUUUUAACAUUGUAAUGCCAAGCAUCCAAACAGGCAGGUUAUCCCCUCACCCAGACAAUAAAUCACAGCUCCUUAGCCUCUCACAAACAACAUAAUAUAAAUGGAGCCCAAAUUACUUCCACAGUCCCAGAAGAGCAUUUAUUCAGAAAGGUCAACAUGUCCAACGAUAUGAAGACAAUGGCUUCCUUAAAAUCAAUGAUUUUGUGACACUGCCAUAGGGAAUCAACGGACAUUUGAAGACAACGGCAGAACUAAAUCUGGAUCUGAGUUAUUUAACUGUCCACAGAUAGCAUCAUGGACAUGCAAACGAUUUGUCACACAUAAAGUAGCCCAGAGCCCCUCCCUAGCAAUGAUCUGUUGCGCUGCUAAUUACUGGAUCGGAGGUCGGGAGGCUCUGGUCACAGACCGAUAUUCACUGGGUUCUCCCUUUGUUGGUGGCCAGCAUGGUUCUGAAACAAUAUUGGUAACCAAGGGAACGGUAUCCAUAACUCCUUAACUGAUAGUUAACUGUGUGGGGGGACAGGACUGACUAAACAGCAGAUGCCAUUAUUAUUCUAAACUAGAAGUAGGGUCGUGCAUCCGGAUGUUAAAGGCCUUCAUUGAACGUUUUACUGAAGUACUAAUUAAAAGUAUUUUCUUUCAUCACAUUCGUCAUCACAUUCAUUAUCAUCUUAAUCUUGAAUAAAACGUGUUGAGGAACUAUUUUUAGUUUCAUGAUUUCCUCUUACCAGACAUGGGGGACUCGAGUCACAUGACUUGACUCGAGUCAGACUCGAGACGCAAAUUUGAGGACUUGAG